AUGAGACCCGAAGCCGUGGGCAAGUUUGCAGACCUGUCUGCCGAUCGGUCAGAAGAGUUGGCCACCACUGAGGGUACGAUCGGUGGCUCUUCUUUGGUGUACAGCCGCCGCUCCGAUACGUCCGUCUCUGACCGCUAUCUGUCGGCCGACGACCAGAGGUCACGACUGCCCGUCAAUAAGGUAUCACACGAUCGGCCACUUCUGCCCAAAGACCACUUCAGUCAUAAUCACUUUCGCGAUCACAUCGAGUACUUGUUGUCCAAACACCAGACGCUUGUGAUUGUGGCGGAGACCGGAUCGGGAAAGUCCACUCAAUUACCCCAAAUAGUGUCCAAACUUUGCCACCAGUGGACGGAUGGCGAGACCGAUAACAAGCAACCAAUGGUAGCGGUGACUGAACCGCGUCGAGUGGCGGCCGUAACGUUGGCCGCUCGGGUGGCCGAAGAGAUGGGCGUCCAAUUGGGCCGCGAAGUUGGCUAUUGUAUCGGCUUUGAGGACUUCACCGCUGGUCCGGCCAUCACUCGCGUUAAAUUCUGCACCGAAGCCAUACUCGUCAACGAACUCAUGUCAGACCCGUUGCUUACGGCCUACGGGGCUGUCAUUGUGGAUGAGGCACACGAGCGGACACUUCAUACGGAUAUACUGUUGGCACUGUUGAAGAAGAUUAGCCGCAAACGGCCGACACUACGGCUCAUCAUAGCCUCGGCCACCAUUGACUGCGAACUAAUGCGCCAAUACUUUGACCACAACCCGAAUCCGGCGGACACUAAGACGUCGACAGCAACGGUGCUGUGUCUGGACGGCCGGUGCCAUCCGGUGGACGUGUUCUACUGCGAGCGUCCGGUGGCGGACUACGUACGGGAAUCGGUGGCCACUGUUAUCAAGAUUCACGAGCGGUACGCCUCUGUCAGCGGCGAUAUAUUGGUGUUCCUCACCGGUCAGGAAGAGGUGGAGUCGGCUGUCGGCAUACUCUUGGACUACGCCCGUGGCCUCCGCGAGCGCAACGACCAGUCACUGAAGCGCCUGUUUGUACUGCCGAUGUACGCGGCCCUACCGGCCGCUGACCAGAUGCGAGUGUUUGAGCGUUUUGGCCGCAACACACGCAAAGUGGUUGUGGCCACUAAUAUAGCCGAAACAUCCCUAACCAUUCCGGGCGUCGUUCAUGUGAUUGACACCGGGUUCGUCAAAAUGCGUCACUACAACUCCAGAGCCGGCACCGACUCACUGGUCAUUGUACCCACCAGUCAGGCGGCGUCCCAACAGCGCGCCGGUCGGGCGGGCAGAGAGCGGGCCGGCAAUGCCUACCGACUGUACACUGAGGAGGCUUUUGCCGAAUUACCGCCCUUUACUGUACCCGAGAUUCAGCGCUCGUGUUUGGCACUACCGGUGCUGCAGUUAAAAGCUCUGGGUGUCAGCAAUUUGGCCCGUUUUGAGUUCCUGUCACCGCCGCCCGACUUACACGUGAUCGCAGCACUGGACCUGCUGUACGCGUUGGGCGCACUUGACUCCGCCGGUGCCCUAACACAACCCCUGGGCCUCCAAAUGGCAGAGUUUCCGCUUCACCCGAUGUUUGCCAAAAUGUUGCUCUCGUCGGUCGCUCACGGCUGUAGCGCCGAAGCCGUGACCAUCGCAGCCGUACUUCAAGUGCAGAACAUAUGGCAACAGCCGGCCAGCGGUCAACGGGCACUGCAGGCCCGCCGCGCCCGACACGAACUGGCCGUUCAAGAGGGAGAUCUCGUAACGUAUUUAAAUGUUUACAACCAGUUCGUGGCCGCGGGUAAAGUGCGGUCGUGGGCUGACAGGCAUUACGUCAACUAUAAAGCAAUGUUGCGGGCUGUGGAGGUGCGGCACCGGUUGGUGUCGGUGCUCAACAGGUUUCGGGUUAAGUGGCGGUCCACAGAGGACGUGGACAGUGUCCGGCGAGCCAUUGUGUGUGGCUUUUUCGCCAACGCCGCGUACCUCCACCCCAACGGCCAGUACAGGACAGUUAGGGGCGAUCACGAGCUGCACAUACACCCCAUGUCAGUGCUGUAUACGAUGCCCCGCCCGCCGCCUUGGGUUGUGUUUCAUGAGGUGCUGCACACCAGCCAACAGUUUAUGAGAGACGUGACACCCAUUGAGAGCAAAUGGCUCACAGAAUUGGCCCCACAUUACUACCAGUGCGGCACCGAUAGGGAGAUUAUGGAGAGUAAACUGUUGGCCACUGGUUAA